AUGGCUACCAUCAACCCCGACAUUGCCAGCCUGGCUCAACGUCUUCCGGCUCACUUUGCUUGCGCCAACCAUGGAGGCAAGAAUGUCAAAGGCAAAGGUCCUUGCCCCAACAAGGCCAAGGUUGCCUGCGAAUGCAAGGAUGCCCAUGCAUCUGCUCAUAUCAAGGACUGCCAGUCAGAGAUGCUCAAGUCUACCUGGGAGCCCCGUUGGAGCAAAGAGAAUCGUUCGCCCGCGUUCAUGGGUGACGGAAAGCAAUCCAUCUCGAUUUUCGGAGCGACCAAGUAUCUAUGGGGGAAUGUCCCGGCCGUUGAUCUUAUCAAGCUUAAAGAUAACGAGGGUGUUGGAUUCAAGCAGGAUAUCGACCUCCUCUUUGCCGCCUCGGGUGAUCUACGCAAUGUCAUCUUGUCAAUCGGUCAACUCCCCGACCAGUAUACGCAGACAGUCACUACGGUACUGAAUGACAAAGAGUUUGACGUGGUCGCCCGCAACACCAUCAUGCUUCUCAUUUUGGCUACCGUAGAGGACAAGGCCGAGGCUGCUGACUGCGUUCUCCAUAUCUUUUACUCUGCUUUCCUCACCAAGUCCCACAUGGAGGUCCUGACCAACAAGAUCGGUCCACUGGUCCAAGAAGUCUGUGACAAGACAUCGGCAAAGCCGGCCGACGCUAUUCUCGCCAAAACCUGGGUCUUUGGUGGUUCGGAGAAUCCCGUUCAGAUCCGCGUGGUUCUAUCUCGUGGUCAAUGGCUCGGCUUGCUUGCCAUGCUCAAGGCACCCAAGAAGGUCAAGCAGGCCCGCGCCAGGGAUAUACGUGACCGCGUGGUCAAUGCCCGUGAGCGGAUUGACUAUGUAGACCGUCAUCUCCUCUGCCAGCUGCCCAAUAUUCGCAUGGGCUCCCACAGGUUUAGGGUCGACGGUAUCCUCCUUCCAUUUGGCGCCUCGAGGGCUGAUUUUGUCCUGCCAAACCCUACGUUCUUCUACAAGAAGGACAUCUGGCCCAUGCUGGACAGUGCGGAUCCGUUCGCCGGCUGGCCACUCCCGACCGUCCUCGACUGUUGCAAAGGUCCGGCAAAAGAGGACGCAUACGGAGCCCUGUAUGAGUAUGUUCUCGACUGUACUGGUGCCUGUCACGAUCAGAUGACCAAGAGGAAGACCUCCUUUGAGCUGUAUUGUACCGAUGCCCGCCUGUUGGACGGCCUCAUCGGCAAUAAGAAAUUCGACCGCAUCGAUCUUUCCAACAUCUGCGACAGGGGCUUCGUCGGCAUCGAAAACACCCUAAAGGUCGUAGGUCCCAUGCUCAAGGACACUGCGGCCAACGACAAAGCUACGAUUCUGGGCCUCUUCAUGAACGCCGUACCAGAGAUGGAAAGACUCCAUGAUGACGACUUAGAGGAUCGGGCUGAGGCCUCGGGACAUAUGAGAAAAGUCAUAGGGUACAUGGACAUGCCGUUCAAUACAACGAUGUCGUCGGCUAUGUCCAAACAGAGUAUCAAUACGAUGGCGCUGUUGACAAUCAAGAUCAGCUCGGCCAUUCAGACUGCUUGCGAUAUGGAUGGUGCGUUCGCAGCCUACAUGGAAAUAUGUCAAUUCGACAACGUCACCCUCAUGGGCGGCUUCGAGAUCAAAGAGAAGAACACCCUCGUGGACAAGUGGCCGAUGCGCUUCCACUUCGGCGGCGUGACGACUCGUGCCAAGAGGGACUUUGCCAGGCUCCUCUCCUCGCACCAUAUUGGCAUCGAGCGCUAUGUCGAGUGGAAGAUGGCCAAGAAGCCCGUUGUGGACGAGGUCCUGUGA